GUCCUCGUGAAAGUUCUCACGAGCUCAAUACCGCAUCUACUGGAGUAACGCUUUCAACGAGAGAUGUUGAGCUUGGAAUCGAGCCAUGUCCCAUUAAUGAGGAGGAAGAAGUUGAGGCUCGAAGUGAUCCUGUAUUCCCUGAUAGUGUGUGUGCUAUAGUUCUG